AUGACGCGAUGUCGCGACCCGCGCAAACGCGCGCGCGUGCAUGAGGACGAUUCUCUGCCUCCUAGGCGCCGCCGCAAGAACGUCAUAAUCAGCGAUAGGAGAGCGCCCUACAUCGAGUCGCUCGAUCGCUACUACAGCCUGACGGGCGGUGUCGGGUCGAGCCGGGCCAAGCACUUCGCACGAUUGCCUAGCGCCCGACGCUGCUGCGUCGCAACCAAAUCCUGGGGUUAUUCUCCGCACCUAAACACGGCACCCCGACACAUUCGCAAACUCGUCGUAACCCAAUCUUGCGGCGACGGUAAUGCCCGCUCCAUAUGUGCGCGAGCACCCGGCGUAGGACGGUGCCGACGCGCUCUCGACCAAGACCUCCUGGGCAGCAUAAGGGCCAGGCCGCCGCUCGCCGCGCCCAAAGAACUCGGACGCGCCGUCGAGGACAGUGGGGCCGGUCAAGGCACAACCAACAUUAGGGCCGUAACCGUGACCGACUUUGCGCCAGAUGUUUGCAAAGAUGCUUCGGCAAUAACUGCAAGUACCUACACGCGUGAGAGUAUUACAAGGCCGGGUGGCAGCUCGACCCGGGAGUGGGGAAGCGUGGCCAAAGGCAAAAAGAACAUAGGAGGGACGGUGGUUGCGAGCGCAGCAGAUCGCGGCAAGCGUGCGAACAACAAGGAUGACGAUGACGACGUGCUGCUCAAGAGCAUACCGUUCGCGUGCAUUAUGUGCCGCGAGGCGUACAAGCAGCCGGUGGUGACGCGGUGCGGUCAUUAUUUUUGCAAGCCAUGCGCCCUCAAGCCGUACCGGAAGGACCCGACCUGUGCGGCGUACGGCUCCGGCACUGACGGCGUCUUCAACGAUUCCAAAAGCCUGCAAAAGCUGCCGGACAGGAAGUGGGAGUGGGUUGUCAAAAGGAGGUAG